AUGAGUCAUGAAUUAUACGCACCUAGAGCUUUCGCCCAGCCAGGGAAGAAAGAUGAAGAAGAUCUGAGCAAACGCACUGAUGGUAAACCCUCAAAGCUUGACCCUGCAGUGGUUUCGUCUUCUCGCCAAUCCAAUCAUUGGGAGGGAUCCAGAUUGGUUCCAUCAACCCAUGGUCUUUCACCGGCUGCUUUGCCUGCACUCUUUCCGGAUGCCUUGACGCCAGGUAGUGUAUCCUUCCCGCCAACUAUAUCACCUAGGACUCUUCCUCCAGCUGUAUCGCCUGAGCACUAUCAGCCAGCUGCGGCGCCUGGUAGUUACUUCCCGCCAGUUGUAUCGUCUGGAUAUUUUCCAAACGGGCAGGUCAUUUCGCCAACUCCGCGUCAAAUACAUCCAAAUGUCACGCGACCGUCACCUCCACAAAGAUCCUAUCCACAGAUCGAAAAAGAUCGUAUGAACAAACAGCUAUUAGAGCAAGACUGCUUAUCAUAUCAACAGCAUACAGUCCAUGCGCCGUCCUACCUUGCUCCACGUCAUAUCCUGCCACUACAGUUCGCUUUGGCCCCAAAUACACUCCGAUUGCCCGUGCAGAACCACCCGCAGUGCUAUUCAAUUGAAGCUACUCCUCACCCUGGAAUGUCGAGACCAUCAUACCUAAGCCUACCACAACGCCCAGAUUCACUACAGCUCCCAGGCCCGUAUGGAGGUGUCCCGGGCCAGAUUCAGGAUCACGGAAAAGCGGACGGUGAAAACAAGAGGCGUACGACAUUCUACUACUCUACUCUUCGCCCUGAAGCACCCGAAUUUAUACCCAGCCGCAUGAGAAGCAGCCACAUGUUCGUGCCUCAGCCGUCUCAUACUCACAUUCAUCCUCCUCACCUUCACGGCAACAACAACCAUGCCCUGAAGUCGAACCGGGGAUAUCGCAAUCAUGCCCCUAGUGUUUUAAAAUACCCUUUCAUUGUAUGA